CGUAACCUACCUCCAGGUUCGAUGAUCUUGUGGAAAGGAAAAGAGCGCGAAUCCCCCAGAAUGCAACGGAUCCCGAAAAGCUCGCUCGCUCUCCGCUCAUCCUAUUAGGCCGGGCAAGCUCCUCCUGGCCCGCGGAGGGGCGGAGCCUUCUGUACGUGUUCCAAGAUGGCGGCUUCCAUGGGGCUGCUCCGUUUCUGCAGAUAUCGCCUGAAUUUGGCGGUUCCUGUGCGCAGAACAUUGUGGGGCAGGCGAAGUGGGAAGAAGGAUGGAGAGCUGGAGGCAGUAGAACCAUCUGCUCAAGUGAAAGAGGAGCCUGUUCUGGUCUGUCCUCCACCCCGAAGCAAAAAGUAUCUUCCCCCUGAGGAUCUGCAGAGUCGGUUAGAGUCUCAUGUCAGGGAGAUCUUUGGAUCCACAGUCUCCAAGGACUGGCAAAAUGCAUCAUUAGGAGACAGUAACCUAAAGUAUCGUUUGCUGGCACAGCUGGCAGUUGAUCUGGGCCAUGCUGUCCCUAACUCCCAACUGCAUCAGAUGAAGAGCGCCAGAGAUGUUUUGACUUUUUACAGCACACCUGUGAAAGACAUCUCAAAGUUUGAUGAGUUGAGCACACAGACGUUGCCCUCAAACUUGAGGAUUCACUGGCAGUACUGAGCCAUUUUGGAGAAACAAGAUGCAUUAUGAGGAGGAUACCUGAUUGUGAACUCUUAUCUUUGGAAAAGCCCCAAGAUUCACGUCAGCUAUACAUGUUCUAGAUUUUAAGACACUGCUAUUGCCUCCUUGCAAUUGCUCUACCACAAUAAUGACCCUCUGAUUCAGUGGCAGAAACAACUCGAGUAUAUUCCUAUUCUCAGGCAGGUCAUUGGUGAAGGGAAAUGUUGACCAUUGAAAUAAAGCAUGGGAGAAUGAAUUAUCCUAGGUCUUUCUCCUGGCACCCCC